AUGCUAUUCGGCCGUACUUACAAUGUAAUUAUUGAUUUCUUUAGCAUAAACUAUUCCCGCGGGUUAACUAAGCAUGAAUUCCAAGUUAGGAACCUGUCUCUCUCUGCCUAUCACUUUCCAGUUUUCCGUGUUAGAUUUCCGCGUGAUAAACACAAAAUCUUACUACUUUGUCUCCAGGCACCUAACUCUCGUUCUUUUAAGAGUUACAGCUUGUAUUUGAGCAACUUAAUAAUGGAAUACUGUCGCAUACGAAAAACAAAUCUUGUAUAUUCAAUUAGUAGCCCUGGAUUUAGAUUUGACAAUAAAGAAAUAAUAAUUAAUCCCAUAUGCACUAUAUCAAUAGCCAGCCAUGCAGAAGAUCAUAAUGAGUUUCUGUCAUAA